UCCAAAUUCAAGAGUGUUCAUGACAUGGUCUUUCACAACUGCCAGAACACUGCAGCUGUCAACAUAACUGUAAAGCUAUGACAGCUGUUGUGCUGUUGGCUCAUCUAUAUUUAUCAUAUUUGCUACACUGCAAUGUGUGACAUAGUGCCACCAUCAGCAGUGUCAAGUUUCAGCACCAAAGCAUGCAGCACACCCAGCACAAGAGUAGGUUAUCAUUCAUCAACAAAACGCACGGAGGAAGGCAAGGUGUAAGCAAGGGAGUUGUCUUGUAAUGUGCCACCGGUUUAUACAUUUGUAGACAAGGCCACUGAAGAUCGAUUUGGUUGCGCCGCCUUGGGGACAGCGCGCUCCAACAUUAACCAAAUGGAAUGACCACCGCUCAUUCCCUCACAGGGAUUGCGCACACAUGCCAGAGGUGAGAAGGAACCAGUUGAGGCGAUGACAUCAUGCCUGUACGAGUGCCUGCGCGAGGUCGGGCUUCAGCGUCACUACCCUUGUUUUACCGCCAUGGGACUGAGACGCGCUGGACACCUGUCUUUGCUCACCAUGGGCGACUACUCGAGCGUGGGGGUCCACAGCAUGGGGGACCGUGCCCGGCUGUUCCAUCUGGUACAGCUGGUCAAGUCUCUGAAGGAAGAGGAAGAGGAAGACCAUGGGGGCCACGAUGACGAUAGAGUUGUGAUAACAAGAAAGACUUUCACUUCGGGCAGCAAUGUCCCCGUAUGCAGGCAGCUAGAUUUUGAUGGUGAUGGUAGGUCGAGCGAGCCCAAACGCGGAUGGCUCAGUGACUAUGACAGUCACAGGGGGGCUGGUGUCCACCCCUUCCCGAGCCCGAACACAGGGGUUAAACCCAAACCACGCUGCGACCUCAGCAGAGGGUCACCCAUACACAAAACCCAGAUCAGUGGGACGCCGAUGCGUAGCUGUCCUCACAAGCAGACUGUCAGACGGACCACAGUGCACAGGAGCAACAGCAAAGUGACCCAGCGUCAGGGUGUCUGCAUUUACAAGGAGGGGACGACCAUCGGCAGCAGGCCAAGACCUGAGUUGCGCCGGGAGGCGGAUGGGACAUCCAGGAGGACGGAUGGGACAUCCAGGAGGACGGAUGGGACAUCCAGGAGGACGGAUGGGACCUCCGGGAGGACGGAUGGGACAUCCAGGAGGACGGAUGGGACAUCCAGGAGGACGGAUGAGCCCACAUACAUGUACACAUCGAGGAGAACUAUUGGCUGCAACUAUGGUCUGCCCCUGAGUAGCCCGGUGUCAACCAGAAAGGAGGCAGGUGAGCAGAGGAUCAGUGUGUGUGUGAGGAAGAGGCCCCUGACCAAUGCUGAGUACAGGAGAGGGGAGGCAGACGUGGUCACAGCUCAUGAUGGAGAUUCUGUGGUGGUCCAUGAGAGCAAAGAGGCAGUGGACCUGACCCAGUACAUACUCCAACACAGGUUUAAUUAUGAUGAGGUGUUCGGGGAAGAGAGCUCCAAUGUGGAUGUGUACCUGAAAACAGCCUUUCCGCUGAUACAGCAUGUCCUCAACGGAGGCAAGGCCACUUGUUUUGCAUAUGGCCAGACGGGAGCAGGGAAGACACACACCAUGCUGGGUUGUCCUCCUCAGAGACAGGGGCUAUACGCUCUGGCUGCCAGGGACAUAUUUACCCAGCUGCACUCCACCCAGGACUGUGGCAACUCUGCAGUCACAUCCCACGUCUAUGUCAAUGUCAGCUUCUUUGAGAUCUACUGUGGCCAGCUCUACGACUUGUUGGACCGUAGAAAACGCUUGUUUGCAAGGGAGGAUGGGCACCAAGUGGUUCAGAUAGCAGGGCUAAGAGAGGUCAAAGUGGAGUCUGUCAACUCAUUGCUAGAGGUGAUCUUGUGGGGUACAGGUGAGCGCACCCAGGGGGCAAGUGGAGUCAACCCAAUGUCGUCCCGCUCCCACGCUCUGCUCCAGAUACAGCUCAGAGACUCUGGCCAUCGGGCCACUGGCAGGAUGUCAUUUGUGGAUCUGGCUGGGAGUGAGAGAGCAGCAGACUCCAGAGACCCAGACAGACUGAGUCGCAUGGAGGGGGCAGAGAUCAACCAGAGUCUACUGGCACUGAAAGAAUGUAUCCGUUCUCUGGACCAAGAGCAGUCACACACACCGUUCAGACAGAGCAAGCUCACACAGGUUUUGAAGGACUCCUUUGUUGGUGAUUCAAAGACAUGUAUGAUUGCAAACGUUUCCCCCGGUCACCUAGCAACCAAACACACACUCAAUACGCUGAGAUACGCUGACCGGGUGAAGGAGCUGAGGGGGGGAAGGGGGAGAAGACGGCCCACAGUCACCCCGUCCCCAUCCCGGAACAUGAUCAGACUAGCAGCAUUGGUACUAGUGCCAGCAGGGGGAAAAGUCCCCCAAAAGGGGUGAAGUUGGGGGGACACAGGGAGGCCCAAAAUGUGACUGGCACCCCUGCUAGGAGGUUAGCCCCAGGGGGAGCUCUG